AGGAUUCUAUUAGGUGGCAAUGAGAGGGGUUCAUUUUGAUAUUAGCUAAUUCAGUUGGUAUUUGGUUGUUGUGCUGGAAUGUAAGUAAAUGUAUUUAGAUGUGUAAAAAGUGCGAUUACAUAGGGUGAUUAAAGUGGAUUUUUCAUUGUUAAAAGUGAAAAUGAAUAAGUUUGUUUUAAAAGAAAUUCCAACAAGUGAAUUAAAUUUUAUAUAUAUUUUACAUGUGUUAAUAUACAUAUGUAUAAGGCAGAAACAAGUCGAUUUAUAAUGCAUAAGUUACAAGCAAAUUUAAUUUCCGUAGCGCGCGCUUUCCAAUUUAUUAUUGCUGUAAAAUUUUACUUAAUCGGUGGCGUUGCAGCUGUUUGCAAUUGCUUUGCUUUUUUAUUUUUACUCGCGGAAAUUGUCAGCAGCCAACAAUUGAGUGUAUGUUUUUCUAAUGUUGCUUUUCGCACUAGUUUUUUACAUUUUGUAUCAUGCACUCGAGCAAGUGACUGCAUUUCGUUGCAUUCUUGAGACAUUAUACCAACACUAGUUGGCGAUCAAGGUCAAGGUUAUGUAUGUGACGUCAAAAUACAGGUUGUGCUUUCCGUUCUUCCCUAUCUAGCAAACGGUGAGGAAGUCCACACUAGCAAUUGUUCAAGUAAAGUACCUGGUAUACCUAACCCUUAGGAUAAAGUUAGACAAUUGUAAAUACGAAUAAUUAGUACAAAAUAUCAAAUCUCAAAGGAAACUAAAGUCUUGUAACAAGUGCAUACAAACAACAAUACAAUGGCUUCCUCAUCACCACCUGCAGCAGCACCACCACCACCACCUCCGUCAUCAGCCACUACCGCUGGCAAAGGAUUUCCCAACAAAAUUUACAAUGCUCUUAUUGGCUCAGUGGACAAACAUGUGCCCGAAAAGAUGCGACCAUUGUGGCAGCAUCCAGCUGGACCAAAAACUGUUUUCUUCUGGGCACCACUUUUCAAAUGGUCUCUUGUCAUAGCUGGUCUCAGCGACUUGGCGCGUCCGGCUGAAGCUCUUUCGGUGCCACAGUGUGCAGCACUCGCCGCCACCGGUAUCAUUUGGUCACGUUACUCCUUGGUUAUCAUUCCCAAAAACUACAGUCUGUUCGCCGUCAAUUUAUUUGUCGGUUUGACACAAGUUAUUCAACUCGGCCGCGCAUACAAUUAUCAAAUGGAACAAAAAAAACUGGCAGGUGAACAACCUGCGAAGAAGAACGAAUUGUAAAUGGCUUUAAUUUCGAUUUGUAUAUAAUAUUUAAAUGUUUGUACAUAGAAAUGUAUAUAAUGUUAAAGAGACGCAUGCUAACCACAUUAAUUAUGCGGCAAGUGGUGUACCCAUGCCAUUAAAAUCUACAAAGGUGAUUAAUAUCGAUUUGCUUUAUUUGCUGUCAAUACACACAUAUAUAGUAUGUAUACAAAGCACUUUACAUACAAAUAUAUGCAUGAUAAAAAUGUAAUUACGGCCAAAAUAACACAUCAGGCGGUAGCAGUAAUAAAAUAUUAAUAAAUAAAUAAAUAGAGCAAACGCAAGGCUCCUACAUAUACUUAUGUAUGGAUAUAUGCAUACAUAUUUGUAUACCCGCAUGCAUAAGCAAGUUACAAAUUGCACUUGAAUGCAGAAAGUCAAUGUCAAUGGCGCAACAUCCACAUGACUUCUAAAUAAACACACAUGCAUACAUAUGCAAAUAAUUUAGGCAAACAACAAAACCGUUGGCCAGUAAAAGUGCUCAAUAUGUCGAAGCCGUCAUUUAUUAUUAUAUAAUAGUACUACAAAAACUGGUGAUAUAAUUAAGUAGUGAAUUGUAAAUUAAAUAAUAUUAUCUGUUGUUUAACUACACUAAAGCUGAAUUAAUUUUGAAUUUAAACUAUAACUAAGUUAAGAAAGUUAAACAAUCAGAUCAUCACAAAACAGCACAAAUUAUGCAAAUAAAAAAUGUUAUUUAAAAUUCAUAGUAGUAAUUUAUACAAAAGCUUCCCAAUGAAAGUGAAAUAUGUAGUUUGUUUUUCUUUCUUUUAAUCUUUUGUCAUUAACUUCAAACUAUUGUAUAAUUAAUAAAAUUGUAAUUUUUUCUUUGUUUAUUCAAUUAGUCAAUGCAAACGUUAACACUCAUGUCAAAGAGUUUAAAAUUUGUGUUCCAAUCAAUAAUAAAGAACAGGUUUGAGCCAAAGAGCAAACGAAAAUAAUA